CCGCUGGUAGCGGUGCAGCUCGGCGCUCUCAGAGUGGGAGAUGGACUGAGCGAGGGCGCUCUUCAGACCAGCGCUCCCGAUAGCAGUGCUAAUAUUACACCAACAGGCGAUCCCAGGUCGUCGAAUCGCAGGCAAAACAUAGCGUCGCUAUCACGUCUUUCACAUCCCACUCCAAACACACUAACACGGCAUUGAUGGUAAUGUAUGCAAGGAAACAACCGAGACUCGGCGAUGGGUGCGACCGAAGAGAUUCUCAGCCCUAUCAGACUCUCAAAUACUCGUCCAAAAGCCACCCAGGAGGGGAGCAUCGUCACGAGAAGAGCCGCGACCCCGCAGAUGUCACCCCUCCGUGCAAAGUGCUGCGCAGGUCCGACAGCCCGGAGAACAAGCACGCCGACGGCCACGGCCGGCCGAAGGCCGUCCACGCGCACCGCAUCAGAGAGAGGGACGGAGGACCCAGCUUUUCCCCGCAGGAAAAUUCCCACAACCACAGCUCGCUCCACAGCUCCAACUCGCAUCCUAACCCCAGCAAGACCUCAGACACACCUUACGAGCCCGGCGACGACUGGUCGGAGCACAUCAGCUCCUCUGGGAAGAAGUACUACUACAACUGCAGGACAGAGGUGUCCCAGUGGGAGAAGCCCAAGGAGUGGCUGGAGAGAGAACAGAGGCAAAAGGAGGCGACAAAGACGGCCGUGGUCAACAGCUUCCCCAAGGACCGGGACUACAGACGGGAGGCCAUGCAAGCGACGGCAGCCCCCGGCUUUGCUGGACCCAAGUCGACUCAUGUGGAGAAGCCCGCGGCGACUCUCCCCUGCCAGUCCCAGUCGUCGUCCUCGGGUGCGGGGAGCUUGAACCCGUCGUCGGGGCCACCCGGGUCGUCGGCAUCCACCGUGCCUGUCUCCCCCGUCCUCCAGUCCUCCACUCCCCCCAUCCUGCAGGACCCCAACCUGCUUCGCCAGCUUCUCCCCGCUCUUCAGACGGCGCUGCAGCUCAACAACGCCAGCGUGGACAUGGCAAAAAUCAACGAAGUUCUCACGGCCGCCGUCACACAAGCGUCGUUACAGUCGAUGCUCCACAAGAUCCUCACCGCUGGACCGUCGGCUUUCAACAUCACCACCAUCCUCUCCCAAGCGGCCCAGCUCUCCAACCAAGCUCAACAAUCAAAUCAGUCACCGAUGUCUUUAACAUCAGACGCCUCGUCGCCAAGGUCCUACGUGUCGCCGCGGAUCAGCACGCCGCAGACAAACGUGGGGUCUUUGAAGCCCCACCUCAGCGCCCAGCCGGUCAUCCCACAGUCAAAAGUGAGCAGCCCAGCCGUGAAGCAGCCUCCUCAUUCCCAACCCGCAUCCCAGCAGUCCCUGUCCAGCGAGAAGCCACACAGCCACGACCCCACCACGGCCUCCCCACGCUCGCUCCAGCGCCAAGGCAGCCAGAGGAGUCCGUCUCCUGGACCCAACCACGUCGGCGCCGGCAGCAACGCCUCCAACUCGGCCUCGGCGCCCCCCGGCGCCUCCACGGCCCGGGCCCCCUGCUCCUUCACCCCCACGCUGGCCACCCACUUUAACGAGAACCUUAUCAAGCACGUGCAGGGCUGGCCCGCAGAACACGCAGAGAAACAGGCGUCCAGACUACGCGAGGAGGCCCACAGCAUGGGCAGCAUCUGCAUGUCGGAGAACUGCACCGAGCUGAAAAACCUGCGCUCCUUGGUGCGGGUCUGUGAAAUCCAAGCCACGCUGCGGGAGCAGAGGAUAUUGUUUCUGAGACAGCAAAUCAAAGAACUGGAAAAGCUGAAGAAUCAGAAUUCCUUCAUGGUGUGAGGACUUUGGGUGGAGAGCCGCAGCUGGUUUUGGGAGGGGAAAGAGGGAGGCGGGCAGACCUAUUGCACAUAGUGGACAGGUGGAAGGAGAGCGCUUGUUGGGUUCCUCUUGAACCCAGUCUUA